AUCUUUAGCACGACUUAACAAAAAUACAAGUGUAAUUUACAUCGAAAUCAGUAUUUUAAUGCUUUCACUAUGCAGCCACACCGAUUGUGAAGUUAAUCGAUUCACUUGUACAAUCGCCAUCCCACACUGCUAAUAAAUAAGCUAUAAGAAUUAUCUCUUCAAAUUCUAUUAAAUCAGUGAAAAAUUAACUGCGUACAGCUCUAACACACACAGACACACACACGCACACACAGGCAUAACAAGAGUCAAAAUAGAUACGAAUUAGUUGCCACAAGCAGCAAGUGCACCUACACAGCCCACACCGGAGAUAUGGCGCACAUAGUGGAAAAUCAAUUAUAUGCUGCUGCGCAAGCAAUUGAGCAGCAAUUGGAUCAAGAGAUCGAUCGCUUGGAUAACUUUGACACGGACGAUCUGAAGGCCUUGAGAGAGAAGCGCAUACAGGAAAUGAAAAAGUUGAACAAUAAAAAGCAGGAAUGGCUGAGAAACGGUCACGGCACAUAUUCCGAGUUGGCCGAUGAGAAGGAGUUCUUUGAGGUAUCCAAGAAAUCGCCGAACAUUGUGUGCCACUUCUAUAGGGAUAGCUCGGAACGCAGUCGUAUUGUCGACAUGCAUCUGAAAAUACUCGCCGCCAAACAUGUUGAGGCCAAAUUCUGCAAGGUGAAUGCUGAGAAGACACCGUUCUUGACCCAACGUCUACGCAUCAAGGUGCUGCCAACCAUAGCACUUGUGAAGGACAGUAAAACCAAGGAUUUCAUCGUGGGCUUUACCGAUUUGGGCAACUGUGAUGACUUCUCCACAGAGAUGCUCGAGUGGCGUAUUGCCCAUUCGGGCGUAAUUGAGUACAAAGGCGAUCUUAUGCAGCCACCAGAUGUGAAACGCAAACCAUUUAUAAAUCGCCCACAGAAGACUAUACGCGGCGGCUAUGACUCCGAUGAUUCAGAUAUCGAUCUGGAUGACUAAUGUGGCGCCUACGGCAGCCGCAACAUAAACAAAAACACAUCCACAAAGUAAACACUAGCUGCUUGGCACUUUGUUGCGCCUGGAACACUCAACAAACAAACAAAACAAAAAACAUCAUAUGAAAAGAAAACAAAUCAAAAC